AUGUCGCGACUAUGUCGUGAACGGACUGCCGCUGCGAAAGUUGACGCUGCAACAAGCGCAGGACACGGGGGGAAAUCCCGAAGUAUCUGCGCAACAUCCCUCUUACCACAGCACGACAAUAUCCGAUACGGACCCUUUGGAUCCGUCGAUACUGUGUCGGUUGUAUCUGUGCGCUUAAAGUGUUCACUCCAAGUCCAGGACCGACCUAGGUCUCAAAAAAUGAUUCGAAUAUUCGCCAAAAAAGUGUUUACUCCGCAACUGACGGGACGGUUGAUGUUUAGUUCGAACGUUCCAGUAACGAGCGCUCCAGCGACAGUCCCUUCCGUAAGGGAUCUUUUGAUAGAUCUGACUCUCGUUGAUCCGAGCGGCGCCCGGCGGAAAAUAAAAGGUGUUAUUGGCCGAACUCUGUACGAAGUCUGCGAUAUGUACGAUAUCGACAUUGGCCCUGCAAGUGGUGGUUCGGCACCGGAGGAAGCGCGUACGGAGACCUGGUUCGAGCCGACGUUUGGCGAGGGCACCACUUCGGGCUACGAUCACGUCGUUCUGGUUGGCAAAGGCUCGGACAAGGCCCAGCGCAUGACGCCGGUGGAAGAGCAGAUGCUAGAUGAUCACUGGAGCUUUGACGAAAUUUAUGAGGGCAGCCGUUUGGCUUCCGCAGUAAAGUUAGUUAAGGAAAUGGACGGCAUGACCGUGUAUAUUCCUGAUCGUAUCGUCGACGAUUGUCCGUAAGAAUUGAAACCGCAGUCGGGUUAUUUGGCAUUAAACAAAGUAAUGGCAUGUACACGACUUU